AUGGAAGGCUCUAAUCUUGUCCCUGGGAAGACUAAUGCUAACAAUUCCCCCAAUCCAUCUUAUAAAACCUGGUAUAAGAUAGAUCAAGCUCUGCUUGGAAUUAUCGUAUCCUCAAUUAGUCCAAACAUUGUUGCAUCAAUGUAUGGUUCAAGAACCUUUUCUACAUAUCUAGAAGGUGCUAAGUUCAUUGCAGACCAACUUGCAGCAGCAGGAAAAUCCAUUGAUGAUCAAGAUUUAAUCUCGUUCAUCCUUGGAGGUCUCAACCAGGAGUUCAAUCCUUUUAUAACUUCUUUUAACUUUGCUUCCAGGGAUAAAGACUUUUGCUUUGAAGAUUUCAAUGUUGAACUGCUUAGCCAUGAAGCACUUCUGGACACACAACGCUCGGCAGUGGUGCCCAACACUACUUUUGCCUUUGCUGCAAGUAAGAAGUCCUCAUUUCCACCAAAGAAGAAACCACUUGUUUCUGCUGCUCGUCAAAGCAACUCUCAGCAAGGCCAUUCAUUGGGAUAG